GAUGCUAUGCAUUUGUCCGGGCCGGACUGAACCGUCAAUGAAUUGUUUCUUGUCCCUCAUACUGUCACAUAGUAUGGACUCCAAUCGCACAUUUCCUCCUCUAUACGCCUCGACAGGAAACGAUGCUCAGGAUCGGCUCGCCUUCGUACAUAUAUUGGAAAGAUUGAAGACGCAAAAGCGUACGGGCUGGGUAGAUCAUAAGAUUCCGAACCCAGAGAGUAUAUCAGACCACAUGUAUCGAAUGGCAAUCCUCGCCAUGCUGUGCGAAGACACGAAGCUAGACGUCGCCAGAUGUGUAAUGAUGGCCUUGGUACACGAUCUUGCUGAAGCCCAAGUCGGCGACAUUGCACCCAGAGAAGGAAUCCCAAAGGCAGAAAAGCAUCGCCUCGAAGCGGAAGCGAUGCACAACUUCGUUCACGACAUGCUGCACAACACCCCUGCAGCCCAGAAAAUAUAUUCCCUAUGGCGGGAAUACGAGGAUGCCCAAAGUCCUGAGGCCAAAUUUGUCAAGGACCUUGACCGCUUCGAGAUGGCGUCCCAAGCUCUCGAGUACGAGCGGAAUCAUGGCGCGACAACCUUGCAGCCCUUCUUCGACAGCAGCAUACCAAAGCUUCAGCACCCUCAAAUCCAAGCGUGGGGUCAAGAUUUGCUGGCGGAAAGAGAACGCAUGAAGAACGAUAUCAUUCCGACAACAGAAAAGGACAAGAGUCAAUCCUA